CAUUUUUGUUUCCAACGCUCUCAUAAUUCGCUCUUCAUUGUUGAUGCAGUUGUUGAUGCGUCAGAAUAUCAGAAUAUAAUAUAAUUGUAUAUAAAUUUAAUUCAGAACAUAAUUAAAAUUAUUAAAUUAAAAGCAGAAAAUGUUUGCCCGAAAAAAACCGGAUGUACCAAAGAGACGGAAUCAUAACUUGUCGCAGUUCGGACUAACAGACAUACCAGAUGAUUUUGAUCCUAGUUUGGGAUUCGAUGGUGGUGAUGAUAAUGAGAAUGACAGUGACUUGGAAGCCGAGUUAGCAGCGAUAGCUGGUGGAGGAGGCAAACCGAAGGCUAGAGCCAAGCCUAAAGCUGCUUUGGUUGCUCCUAGUGAUCUGGAUAAAAUGAUAGCUGACAGUUUGAAGGAUAUUGAUAGUGAGGAUGACGACGACGUAGAUAAUGAUACAGACCUCCUCGGUGAAUUACACGAAAUUGCUGAGCCCAUUGAAUCAGAACAGGGUGACAAUGAAGACGUUGGAAACGAUCAAAAUACACAACAAGGCGUAAUUUCGAAUCCCGACGAGCCACAAUUAUUUUUACCAACUACAACUUUAAGCACUGUUGAUAUUAUUAAGCAGCGCAUAGAAAUGUACAGAAUAGCUGAAUCGAAUGCUAAGACUUCUGGCGAAAGUGCCAAAGCAAGACGUUUUGGACGGGGUUUGAAAGCUCUUAACGAUCUUUUGAAACAGGCUAAUGCAGGAAAAGAUAUUAAAGCGGAGGACAUACCACCUGAGGUAAGUGUAAAAUCUAAAAGUGAAAACAAUGCAGACGCAAUUGAGGGGAGUACAUCUGUAACGGAAGAAGUUCCUAUUGCUCCGGUGAGGAAAGCUCCACCAGUUCCGGAACCGGAUGUCGCUGUGUCACAAGAUACCUCAAAAGAGGAACAGGCUAAGCUCACAAAUCCUUUAAUUCCAAAUAUGCGACAACGCCAACAGGAAUAUAAAGCUGCGGCACUUCAAUCUAAACGAACUGGCGACACAGCUACUGCAUUGCAGUUUCUUAAAGUAGUUAAGCAAUUCGAUGUUGUUAUCAAAAUGUGUGAAGAAGGACAAGAAGUAGAUCUUAGCGAUAUGCCGCCUCCACCAGAGCAGUUCAAGGAAUUCCUUGAGAAAAUGCAAUCAGCUGCAGAACAACCAGCCGAACCUCAACCAGCAUCCAUUCCUGAAGUCACACCAGUUGAACCAACGCCACCUACAAGUAGUGGCAACAUGUUAGAAGCAUUACAACAGAGAUUAGAAAAAUAUAAAUCAGUGGAAGAAGCCGCAAAAGCUGAAGGAAAUUCCAGCAAAGCACGACGAUUCGGAAGAAUAGUCAAGCAGUACGAAGAUGCUAUUAAGGCAUAUAAGAAUGGAAGAACUGUGCCGUAUGAUGAAUUACCAGUGCCACCUGGAUUUGGACCUCUACCAGUGGAAAAUGUAGCUCCCGCAUCUGCUCCUUCAGCUCCAGUACCAUUAGAUCCCUCGGUAUCUCCAACUUCACCGAAGGAAACUCCCACUUUGCCUGAAAGAAAGAAGUCGCCACAACAAAAUGACCUGACUACACGCACUUCAGGAAAUCAACACAAGAAUAAUUUAGCCGAACAACAAAUGAAAAUAUUGAUUGAACGCCAGAAAGAAUUUAAGAUGGCGGCAUUAGAAGCGAAGAAAGCAGGCGAAAUUGAGCAGGCUAAGGAAUACCUCAAAAUAUACAAAGGGUUCGAUGCCCUCCUAAAUGCUGCCAGUAGUGGUUUACCAGUAGAUUUGAAUACACUGCCCGUCCCACCGUCUCAACGAGAUAAUCUAGAGGCUUCGUUUGCAAUUGUUUCUUCGGAGGAAUGUGAUCCCGAUGAUGAUAUAUCCGAUAUAGGCAUACGUAUUGAAGAACAACUUGCCAAACAGUUAAUGAUGUGUAAAAAUACAAGAGACCAUCAUAAGGCAAUGGGAGACAUAGCCGGAAUGAAUCGCUUUGAGAAUCUAGCUCUGACUGUUCAGAAAGAUUUGGACUUAGUGCGCUACUCGAAAAGGAAGAAGUUUCCUUUACCAAAAUUCCACUAUGAAAAAAGGAGCUUUAAUAUAGUUCAUUGCAAUACCGAUUUAACGGACAACGAACUUGAAAUUGUUGUAGUGCGCGGUCUCAAUUAUAAUGUUCCUAAUCCAAAAGACGUGGAUACAUAUGUUAAAGUGGAGUUCCCACUGUUAAAUGACGAAUCAUAUAAAACGAAAACUCCUUUGGUAAAAGACACUGACAGUCCCGAGUACAAUCAACAUUUUAAAAUUGAAAUCAUGCGAGGGAAUAGGCAAUUUCAACGAAUAUUCAAACGACAGAGUGUUAAAUUUGAAGUAUAUUCACGAGGAUGCAGUUUAAUCUGUUGUGGACUAAGUCGUAAACUGCCCCUAUGUUGUUUCAGAGGAUUUCUACGUUCGGACAUUCUAAUUGGAACAGUUACCGUAAAAUUGCAGCCACUGGAAACAAAAUGUGAUAUCCACGAUACGUUUGAUCUUAUGGAUGGUCGAAAAGUCGUCGGCGGUAAGUUAGAAGUCAAGGUACGAGUUCGCAAUCCUAUUUUAACCAAACAAAUGGAACAUCUAAAUGAGAAGUGGCUUGUAUUGGACUCAUAAUCGUGUGGACACUUUGUUAAUAAUAUUAUUGUUUUUUUUUAAUUUAUGUUUACUAUCCCUUAAUAAUUUAUGUAACGCUGAUUUUAUUGAAGUUUCUUAUGUUUAUUGCAAAAAGUAAUAAUGUAAUAUAAUAGUUGAUUAUUAAAUAUAAAUUGUGAUUUAUCAUGGUACAAUAAGAAGGGGAAACAGGUUUGUAAAAACUACAAAGUACAACCAUUAGGCUUCCGUUUUUGAACUAUUUUAAAAUACAUUCUGCAAGUUCUUCUCACUUGUUUGAAAUAUUUCUUCAAAUCUAUUUAAUUAUUCAAAUCUAUGGCAAUAUCUGUCGAUUUCUUUUAUGUAUGAUAUGCAGAGAACGUUUCGUGAAAUAUUGAUAAUCGGCAAUACCUUUUUAUUGUACCAUGUAAUUUAUGUAAAACAUAAUGUAUUUAAUUAAUGCCUAAAUAUUUUAUAUUUCAAUGUAUUGCACUUCUUCGGAAAAGGAACUAGUCCGGUUGAAAAUAUCGACGCUCCGUACUUUAUAAAAGCCUACAAAUAAAAAAGAAAAAUCAGA